AUGAAGGAAUCCUCCUGCAAAAGCCUGCUCAUGGUAGCAUACUACCAAGAGGUGUGGAAGCUCGAGGAUAAAUUCCGGGGGAUUGAGCAGCAUCACAUCCUGCUAAAGGACAACCAUGCCAUCGACUCCUUGGCAAAAAUGGCUAUCGGGCAGGAACCAGUCCUGGAAGGCGUCUUUGUGAACGAUCUGCACGAGCUGUCCACCCGCAUCCGGGAAAAUCUGACCCAGGCGCAGGCUGGCCCCAGCCAACCGCUCGGAGGCUCUGGUACCACACCGUUGCCCAACCCUGACCAAGCGCUCGGGGGCUCCGAUCGGGAUGUGGCGGUAAUGGCGCUCGACCCAACCGACUGGAGGAGACCACUACUCGCUUACAUCCUCGACGAAGUCCUUUCCCCGGAAAUGAUUGAAGCGCGAUGGGUCGCCCAACAUGCCAAAACGUUCAUUGCCAUCGGCGAUGAACUCUACAAGCAAAGCCCGUCGAGAGUGCUCAUGAAGUGCAUCCUGACCGACCAGGGGAAGCACUUUCUCCUCGAAGUCCAUGCCGGAAUUGCGGACACCACGCUGCCCCACGAUCACUGGUCAGGAAGGCCUUUCGUCAUGGAUUCUACUAGUCCGCGGCACUAG